UGUAAAACUGGGAGAAAACCUACCGGAACAAAUAAUGCCGAUGGACAAUGGAUUUUUUGACUGUCCAAUGACUUGCCAGUGCCCAGAAUCAUAUCCUCAGUGUCAAGAUGGAGUUCCAGUCGUCAUGGACGGUUGUGGUUGUUGCCCAAUGUGUGCAAGGCAACAAGGAGAUGUUUGCAACACUGUUCAAGUUUGUGACGCGAGCAGGAAACUUCAGUGCACUUAUGCUGACCCUUUCUCAGCUUCUGGUAUCUGCAGAGUGAGAAGAGGUCAAGGUUGCCACGUUGGACAAUCGAACUAUAUUGAUGGUGAAACUUUCAAAUUGGACUGCCGUACUCAGUGCACUUGUCAAAACGGAACGUACGGAUGUGUUUCGCUGUGUCCUCAUGAAAAUAUUCGCCCUUCUUCUAAGUGCCAUCAUCCACAGCUUGUGAAAAUGCACGGUUCGUGCUGCAGAGAAUGGCUAUGUGAUUCUACACUAAUGGAUGACAGGAAAAGUCAUUGUCAAAACUACACUAGUGAGUGGACUCCUUGUUCAACGACAUGUGGCGUCGGAUUUUCUUCUCGCAUAUCAAACAACAAUCCUGAAUGCCAAUUAAAAAACGAAACAAGAUUGUGCAUGAUCAGACCAUGUCCGACACUCGAGGACUUGCAGCAGAUAUCAUACCACGGACAUCAUGUAAGAAAAAACCACAAAUGCAGGGCGACAAUUCGCAGCACAGAGCCUGUACGUUUGACAGACGGAGGCAACUGCACAAGUGUUGAAUUAUAUCAGCCAAAAUUUUGCGGAUUCUGUUCAAACCAUCAUUGUUGUAACCCAAAAGUUACUGCAAGUAAGAAAAUACAAUUCCUCUGCAUUGAUGAAGAAGGAACGAAUUUAAUGCAGAAGGAAGUAUUGUGGAUUAUCAAAUGCACAUGUUCGACAGUGUGUUCAUAA